AUGGCUCCCCUGGCAGUUCACAUAAAGCACGCUGGAAAGACUCAUGAUGUCCAGCUCGACCCCGAUCUGCCUCCAGCAGCAUUCAAGGAGGCGAUCUACCAGGUUACUGGCGUCCCAGUCGACCGUAUGAAGGUCAUGGUCAAGGGCGGUGUUCUGAAGGGACAAACCUUUAUGGUGAUCGGCGCUGCUGGGGAGCUCCCAAAGCCACCAGAGAAGCCUAUCGUCUUCCUCGAAGACAUGGACGACAGCGAGUUGGCAGAGGCUCUUGCAAAGCCAGUCGGCUUGAAAAAUCUUGGAAAUACUUGCUAUAUGAACGCUACCGUCCAAGCUCUCCGUGCCAUACCUGAACUGCAAACUGCCCUCAGCGCACCAGCCCUGCAGUCUACGACACCGUUACCAGGCUCAUUGCGCGAUCUGUACCACAACAUGUCCCGUACCACCGAUAGCAUGGUCCCAGCAGGCUUCCUGCAAACGCUUCGCCAGGUGAACCCACAGUUUGCCGAAAUGGACCGAAGUGAGAAGCGUUCCGGCAUGCCAGGGAUGCCUAUGGGGUACGCUCAACAAGACGCGGAAGAAUGCUACGCAGCUAUCGUUAACUCGCUACGUAACGUCCCUGGUCUGACGGAAGAUGGAGUAGUCGCAAGCACGAGUGCACAGGCCACGACUGGUUCCCGCCGGUUCGUUGAGCAAUACCUGCUCGGUGUGAUGACGAGGGAGAUGACCUGCGACGAGGCACCCGAAGAACCGAAGACCGUCCAGGAAGAAUCUGUCCUCAAGGUCGAAUGUAACAUCUCCGUUUCCACCAACUUCAUGUUGCAGGGGAUCUUGAGCUCUCUUGACCAAAAGAUCGAGAAGAACUCACCGUCAUUGGGCCGCCAAGCAGUCUACACGCAGAAAUCUCGCCUCUCGAGAUUGCCAACCUACCUCACUGUUCAUAUGGUCCGCUUCGCAUGGAGAGCCGAUAUUGGCAAAAAGGCGAAGAUCAUGCGCCGUGUAAAAUUCCCCCUCGAAUUCGACGCGACCGAUCUCGCGACCGACGAGCUCAAAGCCAAGCUCCUCCCUGCCAGCCGCAAGCUCAAGGAGAUCGAGCGCGAGCGAGCUGAGCGGCUCAAGGUCCGGAAGAAGACCAAGGUCGCCACUGGCCCCGCUCAGCCCGCUGCUGCUGAGAGCUCGUCUUCAGGCGCGACAGGAGGUGGUGACGUCGAGAUGUCCGAUGCGGCUGCCGAUACGUCUGCCGCUGGUGGCGAGUUGCAGCCUGAGCAUGUUUAUAGGGAGAAGGAAGCCAAGGAACUCAAUGAGCUCAUCCAUGCUGAUUUGAAGAGUGAUGUUGGAAGCAGUGCGACUGGGCUUUACGACCUCGUUGCUAUCAUCACCCAUAAAGGCGCCGCAGCAGAUGCAGGACACUACAUCGGAUUCGUGAAGAAGAGCGUCUUCCAUCCUAUCAAGGGGCAAUCUGCUCCGCCGCCUGCUGUGCCUGGUCAAGCCGAGGCUGCUGGGUCGUCGUCGACUACUGGCACUCCGAAAGCGAUUGCGGAGAUUGAGCCUGAUGAUGAGGAUUGGUACAAGUUUGAUGAUGAUAAGGUUUCGAUUUUCCCCAAGGAGAAGAUUCCGACGCUUGAGGGAGGAGGAGAGGAUUCGUCUGCGUAUGUUUUGUUGUAUAAAUCAAAAGGUGUGUGA